AUGGGAAUCGCACCUUCUGCCGCGGCGGCAGCAGAGUCUUCGGUUACGGCGGCGGCAGCGGCGGCCAGCGACAUGAACCACCUGCUGCGGCCCCUGCACUGGACCGCCGUCCUGCGACACCCCCACGCCGCCUCCAGAUCUCCUCUCCUCUUCCGACUGUGCACCGCCGUGAUGAUAUCCUUCGCCCUGUGCUUCAUCUGCUCCGAGAGCGCCGCGCUGUUCCAGCUGGGUACUGAAGACGUGGACGUCUUCAUACUGCUGAUCAGUACCGUAGACACUGCUACCAUCUGGAUCUUCCGUAUGGUGCACACUGCUGUGUUCGAACGCGACUUUCACAAGCUCGCUCUUCAGGUGGGCGAUGACUUCGCUGAGUUUUUGACUUGGGACGACAUUCCAGUGAUACGCUCGAAGUGUCGCUUGGUGCGCCGUUUCACACUGACUUUCGUGUGGUUCGGCCUGUCCGCCUGCUCCUACUUUCUGGUCUCCCCUGUGAGUGCUGAGGGCCUGCCCUUCAUACUGGCUCUGCCCUACGACGCGUCUACGCCCUUGGGCUUUGCCGUCUCGUGGCUCUUCUGCACCGUAGUGUGCCUCCACGCCGUGGUGAUGACCAUGGCGCUCGACUCCUUCAACGUCAGCCUCAUCGCGCAGCUACGUAUACAACUCACACUGCUCAGCAGCAAAAUUGUCAUUCUCGCCAAAGAGAUGUCUGAUAGACCUGUACACUCUUCAGAAUCGCCUUCCUACCACGAGCUUCAUUACCGACUGAAGAAAUGCAUCCUUCAUCAUCAAGCCAUUAUCAAGAACUCAGACUUGCUGGAGCGGCGCCUAGGGGCCAUGUUGCUGGCACAGAGCAUAUCCAUUGGUGCCGCCGCCUGCUUCCAGAUGUUCCAGAUUGCUACGAGUGCGGAUGGUAUGCAGCAGGUUGGGAAGUUCGGCUGUUACUUGUCUACUAUGUUAGCUGAGCUCUUCAUUUACUGCUGGUUUGGGGACGACCUUAUUACAGAAGUGAGUAAAUCACAGAAAAUAAUCUGA